AUGAUCAAGGCGAUCCUCAUCUUCAACAACCACGGGAAGCCGCGGCUCUCCAAGUUCUACCAGCCUUACAGUGAAGAUACACAACAGCAAAUCAUCAGGGAGACAUUCCAUUUGGUAUCUAAGAGAGAUGAAAAUGUUUGUAAUUUCUUAGAAGGAGGAUUAUUAAUUGGAGGAUCUGACAACAAACUAAUUUAUAGACAUUAUGCAACGUUAUAUUUUGUCUUCUGUGUGGAUUCUUCAGAAAGUGAACUUGGCAUUUUAGACCUUAUUCAAGUAUUUGUGGAAACAUUAGACAAGUGUUUUGAAAAUGUCUGUGAAUUGGAUUUAAUUUUCCAUGUAGAUAAGGUUCACAAUAUUCUUGCAGAAAUGGUGAUGGGGGGAAUGGUAUUGGAGACCAACAUGAAUGAGAUUGUUACACAAAUUGAUGCACAAAAUAAACUGGAGAAAUCUGAGGCUGGCUUAGCGGGAGCUCCAGCCCGUGCUGUUUCAGCUGUAAAGAAUAUGAAUCUUCCUGAGAUCCCAAGAAAUAUUAACAUUGGUGACAUCAGUAUAAAAGUGCCAAACCUGCCCUCUUUUAAAUAA